AUGAAAUACAGGGAGUUUCCUGAAAAAUCCUAUAGUUUAUCAUUUGCACUUAAAUAUGCCUUUAAUAUAUUAAAUUUGCUUUUCUUAAUAUUAAAAGUAGGAAAUCCACCGUCGUCACCUGAUUCUAUAACAAUAUCAUCAACAAUGUCAUCAUCCAUACCCAUGUCCACAUCAUCCACGUCCACAUCCAUAUCCACAUCAUCUACCUCUUCGACAACAGCAACACCAGGUCCACAUUGUAACAUCACAUUAUGUCGUGAGGUAAUUUCACGUUACAUUGCACGAAAUUGGGCGUACGAUACAAUAAAUUUUGGCGAGUGCAUCAAUUGUUCUCGUGCGAAUUACCCAAGUUUUCCCUCUGAUUGGUUCAACAGAUGGUAUAUUCAGGAUUUUUAUAUUUAUGGUUCAAGUUCAGAUUGCGCCGGAAAUCCAUAUAUCGGUGAUUUAACGUUUUGUCAAACAGCAUGUUUGAAGGACAUUACAUGCGUCGGCUUUUCGAGAGCUAAGAAUGCUUUAGAUACCAACUCCACUGUGGAAUGUUAUUUGAAAAAUAACCUUACAGUUAGUCAAAUAUUUAAUGAUACCAACUGGCAUACGGUGGUUUUCAACAGUACAACAUAG